UUGUUUACUGCAGAUAAGAUUCGUUAUUUAGAAUUGUCGUUAGUGUUAUUUGUACAGUGAACCAUGUGCCGGCGAGCAACGCCCUUGGUAUUGAUUUCGGCAAAGGGCUCGUGUGAUUUCCCUUCUUUGCGUGACUCUACGAUAAAAGGCAAAUCGAUACUGUCGAAUAAAAUGCGACACGUUAUGUGUACGAUUAGAUAUAACGAGUAAAUACGUUGCACCGAAUACAAAAAUGGCGGAUGAAAUUGAAAAAUUGAUGUUUCACGUCCGUCACAGUGAACUGAAUAGAACACGGCUGACGUACGUGUCUGCGGCUGUUGUUGGCGCCGGUACCGUGGUCGUCUUCGUCUGGUGGUGGUGGACCAAGAGGCAGAAGGACCGACUGCCAACUCAAUGGAGAAAGGUCGGCGAGUUGAGCGACUUGGUCACCUAUCCGGUUAAAUCGCUUGGACCUGUUCGGAUGAACAAGAUGGAGUGCACGAAGCUGGGUCUGAAGUCUGGCUGGCUGCGGGACCGAACUCUUAUGGUCAUCGACCUGAAUGGACACUUCGUUACUGCCAGGCAGUGGCCAAAAAUGGUCCAGGUGAUGCCCAGCAUUUCCGGAUCGAUCCUCACCUUGUCUGCUCCGGGGAUGAUGUCCGUGUCGGUUGACUUGUCGCGAUUCCAAAGUAAAGGAUUUCGCGUGGCAGUUUGGGGACAAUCCGUAGCUGGCUGCGAUUGCGGCGAGGAAGCUGCCAAGUGGCUGUCCCGGUUUAUUCUUCAGGAGGACACUGGAUUCAGACUGGUCUAUUAUCCUUUGGAUUAUCCCUCGAGGAAGGUCAGAGAGAAGAACAAGAAAUUCUUCUUGACAUCUGAAGAUACCGGUGCUUAUCCAGACGCCACCAGCUACUCUUUGAUAAACGAAGGUUCAGUAGCUGAUCUAGCCUCUCGAGUAGGCGACACGAUCACUCCGGAUUAUUUUCGAGGGAACUUUGUCAUUAAAGUCGCCGCCCCGUACGAAGAGGAUACCUGGGAGUGGGUGAAGAUCGGAGACGUGAUCUUCAAAAAUGUCAUGCCGUGUACCAGAUGUAUCUUUACUACCAUAGAUCCGGAGACUGGAACGAAGAAUCCGAAAACGGAGCCUUUGAAGACUCUAAAAAGUUACAGACAAAUAACGGAUCCAGUUAUUCGUCCAUUGGUCGGUGAGAGUCCAGUAAUGGGGAUUCAUCUAGGAUUGAGAAGUCCUAACGGCAGCGUGCGAUUAGGGGAUCCGGUUUACGUUGGUGUAUCCGAUGAUCAGUCAUUCUCGCAUGCCUCGCGACGGUGGUUUACUCAGUUGGAUGACCAUAUGUUGAACUACGAAUUAAUCAAGUGAUCAUUGAAGCGGGACACUUUGUCAACGGAUUUGACAAGCAGUGAGGAUUCGUAGCCUUGAGCUUAAAAUCGCGUGUAGAUGGUUGUACAGGUCCUAAAAGACUGUUAUACAUAUAAAACGCAUUUGCUGUUCGAUCAUACUUGUAUCGAGUAUAUAAUCGUAAGGAAUAAACGAGUAGUAGGGAAAUUUGUUUUGAAAUUCACGGGGGAGGAAAGAGUGGCAAGAAUGAUCUAGUUUUUACGACAAUAAUAUUUAUUUAUUUACACUACCAAAACAACAGGGA